CUUCGUGUAAUAAAUAAAUAAUUUCACGAGUAUCUUCCAGACUGCGUGCAAGGUACGAGUACACCAGCCCAUUCAUCUCUUCGUUCCCUCUGAACUCUGAAGUUCGCCUCAGAUCCGAUCGUCGCCGGAAGGCAAGCUUCUGAGUUGUGACAUUUGAAAGAAAUCGAAGAGCCAUGGGCCGUGGAGUUAGCAGUGGUGGGGGGCAGAGCUCACUGGGGUACCUGUUUGGCAGUGGAGAAGCUCCCAAUGCAGGUGCACCUAAAGGUGGCCAAGCACCACCUUCAAAUGAAGGAAAGGCUGUAUCCAAGCCAGCGGCCUCCAAACCAGCUGCUACUGCUUCACCACCUGCAGAUGCUACCAAGCAGAUUCCGGCUGGUAUUCAUAGUAGCUCCUCAAACAACUAUUUGAGGGCUGACGGUCAGAACACUGGCAAUUUCAUAACGGAUCGACCAUCAACCAAGGUCCAUGCCGCCCCGGGCGGUGGAUCGUCUCUGGAUUACCUGUUUGGUGGUGCUGGUGGAAAAUGAAACCUGCAAAAAUCAAAACUGAAUAGAGCUAUUUGAAGACUAUCCAUAUUAUGUGAAUUUUUAUAUGAUGUUGAAGGGGCAAUGUUUUUUCCAUCUGAAAUGAUACUAUGGCAGGACGAUAUGCUUUACAAUGUGUAGAUGCUUGUGGUUUCUGCUGUGUUUGUGUUGGGGGUUUUAUUCAAUCAAUUUUUAUUUUGGAUUCAUGAAAAGCUGUUGUGAAGCUGUCUGUGUCUGUCAAGGAUCUUUCUUACAUGAAAUGCAUUACUUUCUCUUUCACUGU